AUGGACGACCUCAAGUACGCCCUCGGGUUCGUGUGCAUUUUCUCCUUCGCGGCGGCGGUCGGGGUCGGCGCCGCCAUCGGCGGUAACGUGGGAGCCUCGUUCACGUACUUCUUCGCUCUCCUGCCGAUCGUUUUCCUCGGGAUCGGGUCCACGGCCCCGGGGGUGAUCACGGCCGUCAUCAACAACGUCCGUAGGAAGUCCCAGGACGACUACGAAGAGCGACGCGUGCGCCACGAGGCCGCCCACUUCCUGUCGGGCUACCUUUGCGGCCUGCCCAUCAAGAGCUACAAGGCCGACGGGGGGACUACUCUCGUGGAGUUCUACGACUCGGCGGAGGGGGACAUGUCCGGGCGGGCGAUGAAGUUUACCCCGGAGGAGGUUGACCAGCUGCAACGGAGGUCUUUCUAUCCUUCGGCGAAUCUUUUCUGUUUUUGCACAUGA